AUGAGUUCGGGCCUUCCUUCCAGUUUUGCCUCUGCGGCAGCAGGCCAAUCCCGCGAUGCCAGAGCUGGACGAGGCGGGAGCGGCAGCGGCAGCGGGGAGUGGUCGCGACGUGACGGCCGAUCCGCAAAUGGCACGCUCACCUUCCGCCGUCCCUCCAACGCACCCUUCAGCCAUAGCCAACAAGCCUCCGAUAUCACCCCGGUACAGACGCCAGCUACUGAAAAUCCUCCCACCCUACCGCCCUCAAUGCCUACCGACGGCUCUUUGCGAUACACGAAGGAGCAGCUGCUGGCGCUUGCCAAGGCUCAGGCUCCCUCGGUGGACCUCUCCAGCCUGCUCGUCAGCGGUUGGAAUCCGGGCCAAGUCAACGGCACCCCGGCGCGAGGAUGGGGUAAAACGAAUGAAAACCAUGUUCCUCAGGAUCCCGGCGUCUGCUGGGAUGCCAAUGGUCAGGUCAAGCCCAUCGGCCUGCAGGAGAUGUCGGCCGAGGAGAGGGAGCUUUUCUCAUCGGACGUCAACUCAACCUUGAAACCGCCGCAGCAAAAUAAGGAAGGGACUCACCAGGGAGGGAGUGUCAACGGCAGGAAGGCGUCGAUUUCUCACGGCAGCAAUUACGGCAUGUCAUCGCCCUCUACAGCCUCGCGUCCCGGCACCCGACGACGCGAGACUGGCGAUACGAAUCCUUUCCCCGGCGCCGGCCUCGCAUCCCCAACAGCCACCGGUCGCUUCUCGCGUGACGAUGGCCCGUGGUUUGGAAGGAAGAGCCUAGACACAAAGGAGUCGACCUUCGAGGAGCCCGAGGAGGAGCAAAAGCUCCCGUCAGCUGCCAGGGCGACGAGCGGCUUUGGCAAUCUUGUGCGCGACCCUGCGCCUGGUGGCAACUCUGGGUUCGGAUCCGCUGCCAACCUGUGGGGCUCUGCUACCGGCACCUCGUCUGGUGCUGGCAUGGGCGGCUUUGGUAGUUUCGCUAUGCCGACCUCGGCCAUCGGCGAGAAGCGCGUGGGCCUGUCCCGUGGCGAGAGCCGCCUGGCGCACCUGAUCCCCAAAGACAGCUCCGAGAAUAUCGUAGGCAAGGCCAUUGAGCCUUCCGCCGACCCGAAUCGCUCCUGGCGAUCCCGCCCACGCACCGAUACCGAUCCAUUUGCAGCCGAUGACGCCCUUGGCGGGCGGCAGGACGUCAACUCGCCCCACCAAGGUCAGCCAUACGAGACCCCCGUAAAAGGCUCGGCGGUCGACUUUGGCAUGUCUGGGCUCAACUUGGGUGGCGAAGCGGAAGGCUCGGGUAGUCCCCAGACCAACCCCUAUCGCAGCCCUCCUGAGCGGGGCGAUCACGGCGCGGAUGAUGCUCCCGGCGAUAUGACCUCGCAGGGCCUCGGCGGGAUCCCAGACCACAUGUCGAAUCUCAACUCCAUCUCGCGCGGCUUCCCGACAGGUCCCUUUGACGGCAGCGACCGGAGCCAGACGUCGAGUGUUGGUGCCAAGGGCUUCCCGGCCAUUAACACCUUUGGCGGGUGGCCUUCCACCGUCGGCACCGGCACUCCAGAUCGGGAACGGUCUGGCUUUGGCAACGCCUUUGGGAGCUCGCUGUUCAGCCCGGCUAGCGAUCUGCAGUCUCCAGGCGGCUUUGGUGGCAUGGGUAUGUUUGGCCCUGCGUCCACGUCGAGCAUCGGUGCCGGCGGCUCCAUGCGCCAGAGCAAGCUCGGCGCUCUCUUCCCUGCCGCCCUUCAGGCGCAGAUGCAGAACCAAGACCAGGACAACUUGAGCGACACCGGGUCCGAUUUCCGCCAGGUCAACCCUCUGGGUGCCAUUGGUCGAGCGUCGGCGGGUCCGGCUCGCGACACCAAUAGCCCCUUGCGACGCGGUGGUCUGGAGGAUGUACUCUCCGAGUCCACACGAUCUCCUGGUCCCUUUGGUACAUCUGGCCCGGCUCAGCACGGCUUGACUACCACAGCUCAGCCCGCUCCCUUCCAAGGCAGCCAGCCGGCAGGCGAGCCCGCUGGUCAGCACCGAUCUAUGGUGAUGCCUGACAGGAUGCGCUGGGUCUACCUCGACCCUCAAGGUCAAAUCCAGGGCCCCUUCACUGGGCUGGAGAUGAACGACUGGUACAAAGCUAACUUCUUCACGCCUGACCUUCGUGUCAAGAAGAUCGAGGAUGCCGAGUUUGAGCCUCUCGGCCAACUCAUCCGCCGCAUUGGGAACUCGCGUGAGCCGUUCCUUGUUCCCCAGAUGGGUAUUCCCCAUGGCCCUCCGGCCUCGUCUGGGCAGCAAUUUCCCACCGGCGACCGUGGUGUGAUCCCUCCGUUGGUGGGCGCCUUCCCGAGCUUUGGCAGGACCCUGACUGCAGAGGAACAGAACAACCUCGAGCGUAGGAAGCAGGAGGAACAGUUCAUGAUGGCACGUCAGCGCGAGUUCAUGGCUCAGCACACCUUCCCCAAGAUGCCAAUGCCUGGUGCUAGUGGCCUCCCCUCGGCCCUGCACCACCAUUCAAGCGCCCAUAGCCUUCAGAGCCAACCCAGUUUCGGUAGCAUCGCCUCGCCCAUCGGCCCCAAUCAGCCUCCGGUCGGCGCUAUUGGACCCAACUCUGCCUUUUUCGAGGCUCAAACCGGCGCAACCCAACCCUCUGGGGCGCAGGGGGCCUCGGCUGAGUUUGAGCUGAGCAUGCAGGAGCGCGAUGUGCUGGCCAACCUACAACCGUCCGGCGCGCCCAACAUCUUGCAGCAGGGCCGCAGCUCCGAUGCCAGUAGCUUGCGCAGUAACCUGCCGGCCGCUGAUCAGCUCCAGAAGGACACCCAGGGUUUUAGCGAGCGCCUCAAGGAGUUUCACAAUCUGCGCGCCGCGCGUGACGCCGCCGAAGAGGCUGCUAAGAAUGGAGGGAUGGCCACGGUCAAUGAGGAGCUCAACGAGGACCCAUCCCAUGGUCUUCCCAACGAAGCCGAGGUUGCACGCAUGCUUGAUGAGGCGCAGGCCGAGGAGCUCGACAUGGCAAGCCUCUCCCUCACCCAGCAGGUGCAGAAGACUCAGGCGGCAGCUGCCGCUGCCAAGCAGCAACCCCCGCCUCAGGAUGUCUGGAAGCAGCCUGCCGACCUACCCAUGCCGUUCCCGCCUCCGCAGCAGCAGGGCUCGACCCCUAUCGCUGCACCGACGGCACAGCGCACCCGUUCGACUUUGCCCGACCAGUACGCGAGCCGCUCCCGCUCCGAGACACCGGAGAGCGGUGUGGCAGCCCAGCCCCCUCCAUUGGCUCCGUGGGCACGCGACCCCGGAAGCGAGAGUCACAAGGGCCCUAGCCUUAGGGAGAUCCAGGAGGCCGAGGCCAAGAAGGCUGCCAAGGCCGAGGAGCAGGCUGCUGCCGCUCGCCGCGCCGCUCUUGAGCAGGAGGCUGCUGCCAUCCGCGAGCGUGAGAAGGCUGGUGCCGCAGUUGCGCCCGGCCUGCCCACCACGUCGACCUGGGGCAACGGCUCUCCGGUCACCACCAGCUCGAGCAGCCCGUGGACCAAGCCCGCCGCCGCCAAGGUGGCUCCCGCGAACGCUGCGUCAUCUUCGGCCUCGGCUAAGAAGACACUGGCUGACAUCCAGCGGGAGGAGGAGGCCCGCAAGCAGCGAGCCGCCAAGGACCAUGCUUCGCAGGCUGCGAAGGAUCACGCCUCGCAGAUUGCUGCUGCCGCUACUUCUGCUAUGGGCAAGCGAUACGCAGAUCUUGCUAGCAAGGCGCAGGCUCCCACGACUGCCGCUGCGAUGGUCGCCAGUGGCGCGGCGCCGCCUGCCGGCAGUGGCUGGGCUACGGUUGGCGCCGGGGGCAAGGUUAAGAUUCCCACGGGCCCGUCUGCCCAGUCUCGUUCCGUUAGCACCGGCAACGUCAAGCCUGUGCCGGCUGCGGCCCCGGCCCGACCCGUCGUGAAGCAGAGCGUCAGCACGAUGGCCAAGACGGACGCGGGCAGCGUAGCUAUGGACGAGUUCAACAAGUGGGUGCACCGGGAGCUGUCGCGGGGCAUCACUGGCGGUAUUGACGUCGAUACCUUUGCGGCGACCCUGCAGAACUUCCCCCUGGAGCACCAGCUCAUCGCCGACGCCGUGUACGGCAGCUCGACGACCAUGGACGGGCGCCACUUUGCCGACGAGUACAUCCGGCGCAAGAAGCUCGCGGACCGGGGCGUGGUGGAGAAGCAGCCGGCGGCCGACGCGGGCAAGGGCGCCGGCGCCGGCGGCGGGUGGAGCGAGGUGGCCAAGAAGGGCGGGGCGGCCGCCGGUGCCGGCGGCGGUCAGGGGCCGCAGGCGGGCAAGGAGGAGGGCAUGCCUGCCGGGUUCAAGGUCGUCCCCGGGCGGAAGAAGGGCAAGAAAUAG